GAGAUCUGUAUUGCAAAGCAUAAUGAAAAGAUCCAGCAGCGUCACCAGAGUGAGGAGGAAUACAAAAUGCACCAUACUGUUCAGCUAAAGCGAGAUCAAUUACAAGAUGAAGAGGAAAGAAAGAGUUCCUGGGUUAGUCAGGAACGACAGAAAACACUGGACAGACUUCGCACAUUUAAACAGCGGUACCCUGGGCAAGUAAUACUUAAAUCAACCAGACUACGGCUGGCUCAUGCGAGAAGAAAAUGUGCAGCCAGCUCAGUGUCCUGUGUCGAUCAGCCUCAAUCCUUGCCAGCAACCAUACAAAUCCAAGAGAAAAGCGAAGAGGUGGAAUUGGAAAAUGCAGUUCAGCCUUUGCAAGUGCAAGAAUCCACAAGCUUAGAACAACUUCAAGAUAUCUCGUUACCUCCCAAUGGUGUUACCUCUGAACUGCCUCACGUUAGUACUUCUUCACUCACCAGUAAUGAGCUUCUACCAGAGACUGUUACUGUAGUACCGCUUCCACCCCCUUUGCCUCCACCACCUCCACCUCCGCCUCCACCGUUGCCCUCCAAAGAAGAUGCCACGAAAUCCUUAGAGAAAAGCGACAGCUUUGUUAAACGUCAGAGUGAGGAGAAGGGAGUCCAGCACUCUUCUGGUGUCCCACCAGCCCAUCUGUUUGACAGCAGUCAGUUAGUCAGUGCCAAGAAGAAGCUUAAGAAGACCGGUGAUCUAGAGGGUUUACAGAGGAGGAGAGUGAGUUCCCCGAUGGAUGAAGUGCUGGCUUCCUUGAAACGUGGCAGCUUUCACUUAAGAAAAGUUGAGCAGAGAAGUCUCCCUCCUUUUCCUGAUGAAGAUGAUAGCAAUAACAUCUUGGCACAGAUCAGGAAAGGGGUGAAACUGAAGAAAGUGCAGAAAGAUGUUUUGAGAGAAUCCUUUACGAUUCUGCCUGAUACUGACCCUCUGACAAGGAGCAUCCAUGAAGCAUUGCGACGAAUUAAAGAAGCAUCACCUGAAUCAGAGGAUGAAGAGGAGAGUUUGCCUUGCACAGACUGGGAAAAUUAA